AUGCCGAAGGAGGCAAUAGCGGCUAAAAGGCCACAUCUUGUGCACAGCCAUGCCCACGAGGGUGAGAUUCCUGGCACCGUUGACCUCAGUGCUGCCGAGGGUGACGACACGGCAUAUGGACAGGCCUUAUAUCCUGUCCCAGCCGAAGAUCCGAACGAUCCACUGCAGUGGCCAACCUGGAAGAAGAACGUCAUCCUAGUCAUCGUUGCCAUCUACUCGUUUCUCGGAAAUAGCUCCCUUACCGGCCCCUCGGUCUACAUUGGACUCUAUAGCAAGGAAUUUGGGAUAUCUGAAGCAGAAGCCUCUGGACUGAUAUCUUAUCCCAACCUUGCCUUUGGCUUUGGGUCGUUGAUCCUCGUGCCUCUGUACCUGAAAAUUGGUCGGCGCCCGGUGGCGUUGUUGUCUAUGAUGACAUUCUUGGCUGGAUUGAUUGGCGCUUCCCGAUCAACAAGCUACACAGGAUUGAUGGUUGCUCGAGUGUUUCACGGAUUUGGCAGCGGUGUUUGCGAGAGUUUGCCCGUGCAGCUCGUGAAUGACAUUUUCUUCCUUCAUGAACGAGGAAAGAAAAUUGGGUACUACACCAGAGGUUAUUCGUGGCGACUCUUCUUCUACGUGGAAGCGGCCUUUGCGGGUGCCCUCUUCGUCAUGGCUUUCUUCUUUGUUGAGGAGUCUACCUAUCACCGCAAGGAGCAAUCGCCAACGCCAAGCCCUGCGAAUGAAUCCUCGGCAGCACACAAUGCCGACGAGAAAUUGGAAGACCAUGUUCAGUUGGAAAAUGUGUCGUCUAUAUCUCUGCCUCCGCGAAAGAGCUUUUGGGUAACGCUCAAACCCUGGGGGACGAUUGAUCCGGAGGCCGAGUUUUUCAUGACAAUUCUCCGCUCGUUCACUUACUUCCUAGUGCCAGCCGUAUUUUGGGUCAUUGCAAGCUAUGGACUUUACAUUGGUUUAGGUGCCCUGGCAUUCAAUUACACGUUUCCUCUCAAGAUCACGGAGCCACCUUACAACUGGAGCGAGACGAACUCCGGCCUCAUUGCUGUCGCCAGCUUUGUCGGGUACUUGCUUGCCCUUCCAUUCUCUUCCACCUCCGAUCGACUGGCCGCGUACCGUACAAAGCGGAACAACGGGAUCCGCGAGUCCGAGAUGCGUCUCCCAGCACUAUUCCCAGCCCUUCUUCUAGCCCCAGCUGGCUUGAUUGUGUAUGGCUUCACUGCUCAACGCAAUCUUCAUUGGGUGGGAUUCUUUGCCGGAGUGGCCAUGGACCAAUUUGCAUCGUACUUUUACUUUACGUUCACGUUGGCCUAUGCUGUCGACUCCUAUUAUGCCAACACCUCGGAGAUGUUGAUUGCCAUGAAUUUGGGCAAACAGGCAAUCUCGUUUGGGAUGGGUUCUUAUCUUUUGGAUUGGAUCUUGACUAGGGGGUAUGCUGUGGUAAUCUCGGGGAUCUUUGGAGGAGUUCUCCUGGUGAAUAAUUUGAUGGUUAUUGUCUUCAUCUUGUUUGGAAAGAGGAUACGGAGAUGGACUGCACAGUCAUGGCUGGGUAGGCUGCAUCAGCGAACUGCGACGAGAGAUAUGACGCAGUGA